UGUAAAAUGGCGGCGAGCUCCGUGUUACCAACUUAUCAACGUUACAUAAACGGUGCUCCGGUGACAUCUGUAGGCCGAAAAACUCUUCGCCUACGAGAAAAAUAUAUCGUACUCUUGGUGUUGGGAACUUUUGUGGCAAUAUGCAUCGGUACUUUCUUCUUUCUGCCUGAACUGCGAUCGGGCUCGACUAUCAACACUGCAUAUCGUCACAUCCGAGAUGCGGGUUCAGACUUACUAUUACCACCGCCACCCCACUAUGCGGAUGGAGGAAACGUGGUUCGCCACCACAAUGUAAAUAAUGAAGAUCCACACAAGGAGGUGGACAGAGCUAAAUUAAUAUCCAAAAUUCAGGAAGAUCUAGAACGAGAGAGGCAAAAAAAUUUGAAGGAAAGCAUGGACAAAGCUCAAGUUGAAGGUCCUUUAGUUAAAAAUGAUCAAUCACAUUCUUCUUCAUCUACUGAAACAAUAGUCAAUGCUUUGCAAGGCAAAAGUUCUGAUUUAUUGUCCCAAGACAAGUGGCUUAAUAACGUUGGGCAGUUGCCAAUGUCGGUGAAUAAAAACGACAUAGGUGGUUUAGAUUUAAAUGACAUAGUAAGAGAUCACACUGGGGGCCCUGGAACAAGAGGGGGAGAACCUUCUGAUCCUGAUAUUCGAGAGAAAAGAAACAAAAUAAAAGAGAUGAUGAAACAUGCUUGGGACAACUAUGUACAGUAUGCAUGGGGCCAAAAUGAAUUGCGACCAUUGUCAAAGCGAGGGCAUUCUGCUGGCAUCUUCGGCAAAACGGCGCUGGGCGCCUCUAUUGUUGAUGGUCUCAGCACCUUGUAUAUAAUGGAACUUUUAGAUGAUUAUCAAAAAGGUCGGGAUUGGAUUGCAGCAAAUUUGAAUUUAGAUGUUGGGAACUCGGAAAUUUCUGUGUUUGAAACAAAUAUUAGGUUUAUUGGUGGUUUACUGUCUUGUUAUGCAAUGACUGGGGACGUGAUGUUCAAAGAAAAAGCAGAGCAUGUUGCUCAAAAACUACUUCCAGCAUUUAACACACCAACAGGAAUUCCAUAUGCUAUUGUAAAUUUAAAGAGUGGUGCUAGCAAAAAUUAUGCGUGGGCAUCAAGCUCUAGUUCUAUUCUUGCUGAAUUUGGAACACUGCAUUUAGAGUUCGUGUAUUUAAGUGAUAUUACUGGAAAUCCAGUUUACAAAGAGAAAGUAAAUCACAUUAGAGAUUUUCUUUCCAAGAUGGACAAACCUCAAGGCUUAUUUCCAAACUACUUGAAUCCAAAAACUGGUCGCUGGGGACAACAUCAUAUGUCAAUGGGAGCACUUGGAGAUAGUUUUUAUGAAUAUUUGCUCAAAUCAUGGAUACAAUCAAAUGGGGAGGAUGUUCAAGCUUUACAGAUGUAUCAGGAAUUAGCUGAAGCCAUAAAUGAUAAACUUGUUCAGACAUCCAAAGGUGGUAUGAAAUAUCUAGCUGAUUUGAAGUAUGAUAGAAUUGAGCACAAAAUGGAUCAUCUUGCAUGUUUUGCUGGUGGCUUGUUUGCAAUUGGAUCAGAUUAUAUGCCUCCCAAUAGAAAAGAUUAUUAUUUGCAAUUAGGAAAAGAUAUUACUCACACUUGUCAUGAAUCUUAUGACAGAACUGCAACUAAGUUGGGACCUGAAUCAUUCCGCUUCACUGAGGCCAGUGAAGCAAGAGCCAUGAAACAAAAUGAAAAGUAUUACAUUCAGAGGCCAGAAGUAAUUGAAAGUUACUUCGUCCUUUGGAGAGUCACUAAAGAUCCCAAAUAUCGGCAGUGGGGAUGGGAAGCUGCCCAGGCUAUUGAUAAACAUUGCCGUGUGGAUGGUGGUUUCUCCGGCUUAAAGAAUGUUUAUAUGACUGAUAGCGCCAAAGAUGAUGUACAACAAAGCUUCUUCCUUGCAGAGACUCUUAAAUACCUUUAUCUUCUUUUCUCAGAAGAUGACUUAAUACCUUUAGAUUCAUGGGUGCUAAAUACAGAAGCUCAUCCGCUACCAAUCAAAGGAAAAAAUUCAGCAUAUAAGACAACCAGCUGAUAGUCAUAUUUCUGACUAUGAUUUAAUAAUUUGUGCCACAGUGAUAAGUGUUUGACAUAGUCAGGCAAGUCUGUGGAUUCUAUCCUACUAAUAGAAAAAUUGACUCUCAUUGGAAGAAUAAAUGCCAUUUGUAUCGAUAUACAUUGUGUUUUUGUAAAGCAAAUAUUUAUUUACUUGUUAAUAUAUUUGUAAUUAAAUACCUCCACAAAUGAUUUUUAGGCUGUUAUUAUGGUAUGUUACUUUUAUGGAAGACAAUAUCAAUUUCCUUUCUGUUUGAAUUUUAUGUAUUCAAGAAAUUGUUUCUAAAAACAAUUAUCUGCUGUGAUUUUAAAUAGCCUAAGGAAUGUCCUACUACUUCAAUGCAGUGCUUAAUAAUGCUCUACUAGUA